AUGGGAUACCUGUGCGUGCCGAGAGGAGUCCCCCUUUAAGAUGGGCAAUAAGCAGACGAUAUUUACCGAUGAACAGCUGGAUGCCUACCAGGAUUGCACUUUCUUCACACGAAAGGAAAUCCUUCGGUUGCACGGCCGCUACCACGAACUGGCACCAAACAUGGUACCUAUGGACUAUACGAAGAAUCCAGAUGUUAAACUACCUAUGCAGCUUAUAGUGAACAUGCCAGAGCUAAAGGAGAACCCCUUCCGGGAGAGGAUUGUCCACUCCUUUUCUGACGAUGACGAGGGGAGCCUCAGCUUCAAUGACUUUGUUGACAUGUUCUCUGUACUCAGCGAAACGGCCCCUCGAGAGCUCAAAGCAAUCUACGCCUUCAAGGUCUAUGAUUUUAACACAGACAACUUCAUUUGUAAAUCUGAUCUGGAAAAAACCCUCAACAAUUUGACAAAAGAAGAGCUGACAGAGGAAGAGGUGAGCCUGGUCUGCGAAAAAGUGAUCGACGAAGCGGAUAUGGACGGUGAUGGCAAGCUUGGAUUUUCUGAUUUUGAAAACAUGAUUUCCAAAGCACCUGAUUUCCUCAGCACCUUCCAUAUACGAAUCUGAAAAUGUUGGGCUGAGCUGCUGGGAAUAAUUUGACGCCUGUCCUGCCUCCCUGAAUCUCAAGCACUGCAUGUGUUUGCAGGGGGAGGGGGCCUACAUGUCAGCCUCCUCCUCUGAAUUCUGUAACAGACGAGUGAACAAAUCUCAGAGUUUCACAGUAAUGAAGAGAAGAAGCUGUUUCUCUGGAAUGAACCUGUGGAGACAUUUGGCUCCCCCCACCUUCACCGUUGGCCAGUGAUGUGGCAGGCAGAUGAAAAGUUGUGGGGUGGCCACAUUGUUUUAACCAGACCAGAUGCUGCUCUGUGUGUCUCCCUGCAAUUUUUAUAUUUGUAAAGAUUUGAUAUUGUUGUCCCUCCAAGCAAAAAGGAAAGAGCGAUCUAGCAGAGACUCCCAGAAGGUAAUGGAUAAACAUAAAAACCGGCCUUACAGGAGAUGUCUCCACUGUUGCGUAGCACCGUCUGUCUGGAGCUGUCAGCUGACACAGAUGGAUGUGGCUGCAUCUGUGAUCAUGGAAGAUGGGUGUCCGUGCCCAGGGAGCCGCUGGGCUGGCUUUAGGUGCUUAAGCAACCAGUAUUGUAUGGAUGCUCACAUCCUGAAGAAACUUGAAACAUUUUUUUUUAAAAAAGUGUCAUAUAUUAGCAAACAAUUCUUCUUCAAAUGGACUCUUUUUGAAUCAUGUUGCUGGCAUCCAAUGAGAGUCUCAUUUAGUUUCAUAUUAAAUUCAAUAUUUCUGACAUAUUGCAAAACAACAACAACCACACACACAAGAUCAAGCCAAGAAUAUACUCAUGAAAAAGUAAAGAGGAAGUACAUCACCAAGAAUAAGGACAUCUCCUGCUUUUUAAAGAAAGCCAGCUAUGCAAUCUUCCUCCUCAAAUGCAUGACAGCAACCCCUGACUCUUGGCUCUCAUACCCUCUCUACAAAACCAGCUUCCUUCCUUUUCUUUUCAUGCCCAGUCUUGGCUGAAAACUGGGGCAGGAUGACAAUCACACAUGUACAAUAACUGUUCUCUAACAGUCUUAUAGAAGGGCUCUGAUACAUAUUUGUGGCUUCUGUAUCCAAGUUGUCCAUGAUUAAACUACUCCUGAUUUUA